CUUGUCUAGGGUGGGUUGAAUAUUCACUUCCUUCUCUUUCAACAGACCAAUAUGGCCAAACUCGCUUUGGGCUCCACAAUCACCACAUCCCUUUCCCUCCACAGAUAUCACCCAGUCACCGCCUGCCACGUCGCUACUCCCUCCACCACAACCAGCGGCAUGGUAUCAUCCCCCGAUCACCACCCUUCCCUGGAGGUCAUAGGCGGAGCUCGCGACCGCUUCCUCCCAGCUCUCCACUCCACCCUCCGCCAACCCUACCAACCUUUCCCCCUCGUCGGUUGGAACCGAUACGUCGAGACCAUCUUCGCCUCCUUCCGCAACGUCCCCGACGUCAGGUUACGCCGAGAAUGCCUCCGUGUCGAAGACGGCGGCACCGUCGCGCUCGACUGGGUCUCCGGUGACCAGUACAGCCUCCCUCCCGAUGCCCCGAUCCUCAUUGUGCUGCCGGGUUUGACCGGAGGAAGCCAGGAUUCAUAUCCACGACAUAUGAUAACUAAAGCAAGAAGCAAAGGGUGGCGCGCCGUGGUUUUCAAUAGCCGAGGUUGUGGCGAGAGUCCAGUCACCACUCCUCAAUUCUAUUCAGCUUCCUCUGUUGGAGACAUGCGUGAAGUAGUGGCACAUGUUGGCUCUAGAUACCCAGAAGCUAAUUUGUAUGUUGUUAGUUGGUCUCUUGGUGCUAACAUUCUUGUUCGAUAUCUUGGUGAUGAAUCUCAUGCUUGCCCUCUUCCCGGUGCUGUCUCGUUGUGUAAUCCUUUCAAUUUGGUCGAUGCUUUCGAGGAAUUCACCAAGGGAUUUAACCGUGUUUACGACCAAGCUCUUGCUAGAUCCAUCCGUGAAAUAUUCAAGAAGUAAUUCUCCAUAAGCCACUUUUAUCAACU